AUGAUGCAAAAAAGCCCUAAAAAAAGGAGUGACACUCUUUUUUUCACCUCAGUUAAAUAUUUGUCUGACUUUUUAUAUUUGUUUGACUCUCUAUCAAGAUGGAGCUGUACAUAAUUAUUCUUGCCCUUACCGUUGUUCUCUCAACUGAUGCUGAAUUUGUUCAUGAAGAUUUCGCAAUUGGAAUAUGUUCUGAUACGGAAGCAGAAGACAUGUAUGGAUUUGAUGGCGAGGAGUUGUGGCAUGCUGACUUUAAUCAGAAGAAAGGAGUAGAGACAUUACCUGAUUUUGGAGAUCCUAUUACAUUUCCUGGAUUUUAUGAAGGUAGUGUUAGAAAUACGGCAAUUCGCAGAAUUAAUUUAGCCACCUGGACUAAAGCUUUCAAGAGUCCACCACCAGAAAUGGAUGCACCCGAGACUUCCAUCUAUCCAAAGGAUGAUGUGCAGCUGGAUGUUAAGAACACCCUUAUCUGUCAUGUGACCGGCUUCUAUCCUCCAUCUCUCAGAAUCUCAUGGACUAAAAAUAAUGUUAAUGUGACAGAGGGUAUGAGUUUAAGCCAGUACCGCCCAAGGGCAGAUGGAACUUUUAACAUCUUUUCCACUCUUAAGUUUACACCUGCUGAAGGAGACAUUUACAGCUGCACGGUGAACCACAGAGCCCUCCAGGGACAACCUCAGACCAAAACAUGGGAUGUUGAUGUUGCCCUCCCAGGUGUUGGUCCAGCAGUGUUCUGUGGAGUAGGUCUGACUCUGGGGCUACUGGGAGUCGCAACGGGAACCUUCUUCCUUGUUAAAGGAAACAACUGCAACUGACUAUGGAGUCAUGGAAGCAAACUAUGAAAAGGUCUCUUAAUUGAAUUGCAGCAGAGCAAUUUAAAAACAAUGCUAUUGUGCACUUGUGUGUCAUUCUACAUGGCAGAAAACUAUUGUUAAUGUUAAAGAUAGAUAAAUGCAAAAUGUGGAAGGUUUAAAAGACUUUAAUUGAAAUAAAAAGAAAAAAAAUAGUGGAUAUUAAAUUUACAGAUCACUUUGCAAUUCAUAAUAAGUAUUGUACUAAAAACACUUUCUCGUUGUUUCUUUUCCUACUAAAUAUAGUUUCUUUCUGGGUGAAUUUAAAUAUUUCAUGUAAAAUUAAAACAUAUACAAAUUAAACAUACAUUUGAAAAUGAGGUAGAAUAUAUUAUGUAAUUUUUGUAAUCCAUUCAAAUCAAUUUACUAUAAGUAAAUAUUGGCCUUUGUAUUUUAUGAUAUGCAUCAAAUAAAGGAGAAUUGGAGCUGUUUGUACUAUCUUCCCAUGUUCUGUUGAUAAAAAGAAUCUAUGAGAUAUCUUAUACUCUUUUAUAUGUUUCUGUAAAAUCAGACUUAUUGCAUGUUAUGGUAAAACUCAUUAAACACUUUACAUUAAGUACUGAUA